GCACAAUAAGCCCUGUUCCACCGUAGACAGGUGAAAACUCUGUUCAAAGGGAGGUUGUGUCUGCUGGACCUCAUACCAUAGCUUCACCCUGAAUGAUUAAUCAACUGGCUGAGAGGAUUGUGAAGGAAGAUGAGCUCUCUGCCAAAGCUGUCACUCACCCUCCAGCGCUCCCUGUCUGCUUCCUCCCUCCUUCCAUUGCCCACCCCUCCUGGCGAUAAUGCCCUAAAUCAGUUGGUGCCGAAGGACAUUCUCCCUUCCUCAGAGGUCACGUUCAAUGAGCAGCAGCCUGGACCGAAGGGAGGUUUCGUUCUGUUGAGUAAGGAAGAACUGAAGCAACAGCAGUCAGAGGUGGAGGGUCUCAUCUCAGCACAGCCUCCACCUUUGGUGCAGGGAUCUGAUAUAACUGCAGAACAUUACAAUGAACAAUAUGAUUCCAGGGAAACUUCAAAAGAACAAAUAGGGUACAGUGAUGAAAGUGGAGAAGACAGCACUCCUGAGGAACCACUGAACAACUCUAUGGAUGAGAUCUCCAUUUUGAAAAGGCUGGGCAUUCAGAGAGAGUUCUACACUGAGAAAGAGGUCGAGUCUGCAUUCGUCCACCUGUCGCUCGCUUUUAAAUCUGACAUGUUCACACUGAAGCAAAGACUUGAAGUGGAGGAACGAGCCCAGGAUGUGGCUGAGGAAAACAUCCAGAAGGAGCUGGAAGGAUGCAGAGUAAUACUGCAGAAACUGAAAGCAGCUUGUUCAGACAGGCAGAGACGGGAGACUCUAAAGCAGCUCGAGUACAACCUUCAGGUUGUGGAAGCUUCCAUCACACGGGUGACCAACAACUCCGAGAUACUGGGUGCCGUACACCAGGAAGCCCGGAUAAGUCGGGGUGUGCAAAUAAUGAUGGAACAUGUGGCCAACCUGAAAAGCCUGCACGCUAAGGAACACGCAGAGCUACAGGAAAUGAAGAAGAUCAUUCAGCAGAGCUCCAGGAACCGACAGUUUGGAGACAUGAGAGAUGAUGCCGACUUUCAGACUAAGCAUCAAAUGAUGAGAGCUAUGCAUCAGAGUACAGCUCGCAGGAGGGUAAGCAUUGCUGUCAUUCCAAAACAGCUCAUGAUUUUCCAUAAUACAGACUCCAACGUAGUUGACAGUGAAGAGUGCAAGAUGGAUUAUAGCUCUACAAAGAUCUCCAGGCACAAUGUGCCACCACAAAACAGCAGGCGACAACUGCCUUAUGAGAACUCAUUUGGGAACCAUGGACAGCGCCUAGUCUCUGAGUCAGCUCCAAGUAUGCUGCCUGGUCAACGCUGUGAGAUUGAAUCCGCGGACAGCAUGAUUCAUGGAUCACAAUGCAAGCAGAACUUGAAAGAGAAAGCAAACCGGAAAUUCUCAAGAUCAGGAGAGGCACCAACUUCCGUCUCCAAUACAUCGCAAUGCCCCUGCCUGAGGCAAAACCAGGAACAAAAAGUGUGCGGUCCGACACAGAAUGAAACGGUGAACGGAGAGCCAGAGACCGAGAGUGAGAGUGAAGAUGAAUAUACUUCAGAUACAACAAGCGACACCUCGUUGAUGUUUGAGCAGCAAUCACGAUCAUCUUGGAUGUUCUGUUUCCUCGAUAGCUACCAGAAGAUACUUACCUCUGUUGUGUUGACCCUCAUUGUCGCAUUUCUACUGCAGCCAACAUCCUUCUGGUUCUGGCCGUGAGACAUUGUCUGAAUGGAACCUCACAGUGAAGCUGUCAACAAGCCCAGCCCCAUCCAAUCAUUUUGAGAAGUCGCCGGGAAGGUUCCACCUAAAAGAAACGACAAAAACGUUUGAUUUGCAGAUUCAGAAAUUCACAGCAUCUAAAGAAUUCCUUGGUCCAUCAGAGUCAGGCAUGCAUUAAAAUUCAAAAUGAAACCAGGUUUUGUUUGCCUUUGGGCGAGGGAAAAGUUUGAGAUCUGAAAGUAGAGGUAUGGUACUGCUAGAAUUACGGAACACUUUCCAACUGAGGGCAUUUAAUAUUAGCAUUGAACACAAUCACAUCUAAUAUGUCAGGGUUAGAGCUUUCUCUACACUGACUCAACAAUGUGCUUCCUCCCAAUAUCUCAAGGAGAACACCUCUAUUGUACUUGUUGUUACAGACUUCCAAAUCAGGCAAACAGUGGGCUUUCUUAAUUACACUGCCAGUUCAGUUUUUUUUAUUUGCUCAUGGGAUAUGGAUUUUGCUAUCCCUUGUUUCCUCUUGAGAAGGUGUUAGUGAGUUGCGUUCUUGAACUGCUGCAGACCAUGUGAUGUAGGUUGACCCACAAUGCCCUAAGGGAGAGAAUUCCAGGAUUUGGACCCAGCAAUACCGAAGGAGUGGCGAUAUAUUUCCAAGUCAGGAUGAUGAGUGGCUUGGAGGGGAACUUGCAGGGGGUGGUGUCCCCAUGUAUCUGUAUGUCCAAGCUCACUGAAAUUAGAAUUGUAACUCUCCAAAUUCAUAGAACCUAUCAACACAGAAGAAGGCUGUUCAGCCCAUCAAUCCUAUGAAAGCCCCUUUGAAAAACAACUUCCACAAUUUCUGUUUCUUUUUCCAUUAUUCUGUAAAUGUUGCACCAUCGCAUUUCUGUUCAAAUUCCUGAGAACAAGGAUGGGGAAUUUUAAAUCAAGACUUUGCUUGUACGUAAGGGCAUAAGCAACAGAGGUUAAAUGGUUUUGGGUUUAUAGACGUUAGAAUGGGGAGACUAGCUAGAGGUCUGUUGGAAUAAUUGAGCCUCGAGUGACAAAGUCCCAAAUGAGGACUACAGCAGAUGAUGAGGCAUAGAAGUAUGGUGAUGUUACAGAAUUGGAAGUAGACAGCUUUAGUGAUGGUUCAAAUGUGAGUUUCUUUUUUUGAGGAGAACAUUUCAGAUUCUGACAAUUGUCUGAAUGAAAACAAUUUGCCUCGUCUCUCCUCUUAAACUUUAGUCAAUCAUUUUGGAUCCACGAUAUUUAGUUUUUGACCCACGUGCUAAGAGAAAACAUAUUUCUUCUGUGUCUGUUUUAUCAAAACCUCGUUUAUCUUGAGAACCUGUAGUGGGUAACCUCUUAACCUUCUCUAUUAUAACGAGAACAGUCCUAACUUUUCAUAACUGAAGGCCUUCAUCCCAGGUGACACCCUGAUACAUCUCACUCGCACCCAUUGUACGGCCUAAAUUAACAUAUCACCUUACAAAAGGAUAGAUCAUUGGGAUCAUAUCUUGCACAUAUUGAGACUAAUAAAGCCCUCCAAAAAUAUCCAUGAUGAACAGUUUCACACAAUGGCAUGUAACUCGCAAAUUUAAUUACAAUACAGAAAAUUAUGAGGAAUUGUAGUUUGAGGAGAAAGUGAGGACUGCAGAUGCUGGAGAUCAGAGCUGAAAAUGUGUUGCUGGAAAAGCGUAGCAGGUCAGGCAGCAUCCAGGGAGCAGGAGAAUCGACGUUUCGGGUAUGAGCCCUUCUUCAGGAAUUGUAGUUUGCCAGGAAACGUAAAGAGGCUACAUUCAUCUUAAAAAGGAGAAGUAGGAAGAAAAUAAAGGAGAAUAGGAAUCUGGAUUACUCAUUCACAAAUUACUAAAAGUGAUGACACAGGUUAAUAAGAGCUUUUAAAAGGAACAUAUUAAAAACAUAGAAUUGUAAAAUAAGGCAAUUAUGUUCACCUUAUAUUAAAUUUUGAUUAAAUCACACUUGGAAUACUGUGAAUAAUUUUGGACUCCAUUUUAUUUAAAUUAGCCAAGGAGAGGGACAAGGAGAUAUUUGGAAUAUAAUACUAAAUCUAAAUUCAGGAGGGUGUGUUGUAAGGAGGGAUCUGACCUUGAUCAGUUGGAGUCAAAGGUCAGCAGGCAAAAACAACAUGAAGUCAUGGUUACCCUUUAAAGACGGUGGCGUCUAAGUGGAGAUAACGAAAUCCGGCUCUCCCUGGAUGGUUUGCAAAGGAAUUAAGAAGUGGAAUGAGGCAGAAGUGGGCAAAUGUCAUCUUUGUAAAGGGACAUUGUGGCUGAGUGGUUAGCACUGUUACCUCACAGCACCAGAGUCCAAAUCCAAUUCCACCCUUGCGUGACUGUCUGUGUGGAGUCCACCACUGUCUGCAUGGACUUCUAACUGUUCUAUUUACUCCCAUAGUCCAAAGAAAUAUAAAUUAGGUAGACUGGCCAUGCCAAAUUGCCCAUUGU